AUGGCAGAAUCCUCGAGUGAUUCAGACCACUUCCGCUCUCAUGAUCGGUUGAGUCGAUGGGGUGCCAGGUCAAUACACAGGGAAAUCGGAAAUCGUCCUACAGUCAAUGUCACCAAGAAGGUCAACACUAUAACAAGUACUUUACAGGAUACCAGUCGAAAUCUGCAACAAGUAGACCAGAUGCUUGGACAUUAUCGAGACUAUAGUAACGGACAGGCAGGUGCUAUAGAACACCUUCAUGCUUUUCAUCAGUCCCUCCGAGACCUCAGCAGUGAACAAGUUCGCCUUGGAGAUGAUUUCAACCGGGAGCUUGCCAGAAGAUGCAGGUCGGAUGCUGAAACAAAAAGGGCUUUGGAAAGAUUGACUGAAAAACUGAGUGAAACCCAAAAACAAGAAGUGGUUUCAGAUCGGGUGGAGCGACGGCUGCAAGAAAUAGAAAGGGAGAUGCGCACAGAAAGAGAACUGGUGGAAAAACGCCAGGACCAACUGGGACUUAUUUCUUUGCAGCUACAAGAGGCAUUGAAGAAACAAGAAGCUAAAACAGAUGAUGAGGGAGUAAUGCAAAACAAGCUAAGACAAACUGAAACUGAGAAGAACCAACUUGAACAGGAAUUGGAGCUGUCUCGAAGGUUACUGAAUCAGUCAGAAGGCAGCAGAGAAACACUUUUGCAACAGGUGGAAGAACUCCGUACACAACUUAUGAAAGCAGAAGGUGAUCGAAAGGGUUUACAACAUCAAGUAUCUCAGAUUUCCAACCAACAGUUAAACCAUCAGGAUGAACAGGGAGAUGACCGGAGGUUUAGGAGAGGCGUUGAGCGAGAAAAAGUGGAUCUGGAGAAGCAGAUGUCGGAGCUGAGAGUCCAGCUGAGCUUCAGCGCCAUGGCCUCUGAGCUGGAAGAAGUGAAGCGGAGCGUGGAGCGGAAAGACCAGGAGAAAGCACAUUUGGCAGCACAAGUGGAGAAUUUAACACGUGAAUUGGACAAUAAGGAAAAGCAGCAGAUACAGAUGUUGAAUCAACUUAAGGAGAUCCAGAAUCACUUUGAGACGUGUGAUGCCAAGCGCAAGCAAGCUGACCACCAGAUCUCUGAGCUGACGCACCAUGCUGAGGAUGCAACCAAGCAGGCCGAGCAGUACCUCCUGGACUUCCAGCAGUCAGAGGCCCUGAGGCAGGAGGCAGUAAAGAGGAGAGAGGAGCUGAAACUGAAAGCUCAGGAGUCCAUUAGGCAGUGGAAGCUGAAGCAUAAGAAGUUAGAGCGAGCAAUGGAGAAACAAUCUGAAACUCUGGAUCAGCUGACAGACAAGAAUAAUCAGAUCCUAAAAGAAAAGGAUGAAUUGAAAAGCCAGCUUUAUGUGGCAUUACAACAAAUAGAGAACCUUCGAAAGGAAUUGAAUGAGGUCCUAACCAAGCGGGCCCUUCAGGAGGAAGAGCUUCAUUGUAAGGAGCAGAAGCUAAGUGACGUGAAGGCUCAUCAAGCUGACCUUGAACUAGAAGUCAAGGAUUCCCUGGACACCAUCCAUAGGCUAAACUCUGAAAUCCAAAAGCAGAAUAAGGUUCAAAGCCAACUGAAAGUGGAGAAAACUCACUUGGAGGAAGAAAUUUCAGAACUAAGGAAGAGCCAGGCCAAGGACAAAACUCAGCUUCUGGAGAUGCAAGAGGCCAUCAAGAACUUGAGUGCCAUCCGGGCAGACCUGGCUAAUAAAUUGGCCGAGGAACAGAGAGCCAGGAAGGAAGUGCUUAAGAACAUUUCUGACCUCAAGACACAGGCGAAAUCUAGAGAUGAAGAAACGGCUACAAUCAUCACCCAGUUAAAACUGGAACGAGAUGUGCACCAGCGGGAGCUGGCAGAUCUCACGGCCUCACUGCAGAGUGUGAGAACUAAACAUGAACAAAACGUCCAGGAGCUCAUGAAGCACUUCAAGAAAGAGAAAAGUGAAGCCGAGAAUCAUAUCAGGACACUUAAGGCAGAAAGCUUAGAAGAUAAGAAUAUCGCCAAAGUCCAUCUUUGUCAGCUCGAGAAGUUAAAAUUACAGUGUGACAGGCUGACUGAGGAAUUAAACCAGAAUGAAAAUGAGAACAAAAAACUAAAGCUAAAAUAUCAGAGUUUGAAGGAUAGCCUAGAAGAAAAGGAGAAACAUAUAAUCAAUGAAGAAGAGCACUUAAGGAGGAUGGAAGAAGCCAGAUUGCAGCUCAAGGAUCAACUUCUUUGUCUGGAGACUGAACAAGAAUCCAUUCUUGGUGUGAUAGGAAAGGAAAUUGAUGCAGCUUGUAAAACCUUCUCCAGGGACUCGAUGGAGAAAUUCAAAUUUUUUUCAUCUGGUCCUGACAUUAAUUAUGACCCACAUCGCUGGUUAGCAGAAAGCAAGACUAAACUUCAAUGGCUCUGUGAGGAACUGAAGGAGAGAGAAAACAGGGAGAAAAGCCUGCGGCAUGAGCUAAUGCUGUGCAAACAGCAGCUCAGGAAUAUGACUGAGAACAAGGAAUCCGAGCUCCAGUGUCUCCUGGAACAGAUAGAAAGGCAGGAGCUGCUUCUGGAAGAAAUACACCAAGAGAAGAGAGAUCUGCUGGAGGAGUCCCACAGAAAAGAUGAAGAGAUGGAAUCUCUACAGGACCGUGUAAAUGUGUUAGAAAUGAGUACCCGCGUGGCUUUAGACCAUCUGGAGUCUGUGCCUGAGAAACUGAGCCUACUAGAAGGUUUCAAGGACUUCAGAGAUUCCCACAGUUUAUCCGAGAGAACAGAUGGGAGGUACUCCAAAUACAGAGUUCCCAGAGAGUCUCUUCAGCAGCAUCAAGAUGAGCCCAAGUACAGAAUCAGAAGCUUCAAAGAUGACCGAACCUUCGCCGAAAGUGCCCAUGCGCAUGGGCUAGAUCACUCAUCAUCUUGGCAGGACCACAGUUGCUUCCUGUCUGCUCCACGGUUCUCACACUCGGCCUCAUUUACCAAAAGAACUUUUACUCCCGAUUCAACUUCAACCAAGGAGGAUGCCACAGGUUUACCAAUGGAUGGAACAAGUCCACAAUCCAAAAAGCAGGAAUAUGAAAGCAAAAACAGCAAAAUAUAA